UUAGUUGACACGAAUUGUACUACAGUUUAUGUAAAAGUGGAAGUUGCUUCAAACUUCUUUACAAAUUUGCGUAAAUUUAUUUACAAUUUAUUCAAUAAGUGAAAUUCUAAAAUUUCAAGAAACUCGUCUCAUUAAUUGUGCACAAAUUCUGUGUAUUAUCCCAUAGUUAUAUAAUCCUUAUCUGGGUGGACACUUGUGUCAACAUUAUGCUCCUACUCUUUGUGAUUUUUUCUUGUUUCUCGUGUGUUUUUUCAAGCAAAUUUUGUUAUGACUGCAGUCCCGAAGACUACGGUAAUUGCCUUUCACCGAUCCAGAACAACAUCAAAACUACAGAUUGUGAAACCCAAGCGGAAGAGCAGCAAACUAUAUCUACUGUGUUACCUUUAGAGUUUGAAUGCUUCACACUACUUACAGAAAAUGGAACUUACAGGGGAUGUGUUGAAUCGAGAAAUGAAGUUUGCACGUAUUUAACUGAUCAGUAUCGACAGUAUGGAAUUGUUAAGUGUGAUUCUUGUUCAAGUGAUAAAUGCAACAGUGAUAACCUGCUUUACACCGACGAAGAUCCCAAUAACGAUGAUGGUAACGGUGCUGCAGAACUCUCCUUGUCAAUAGGUGUUGUUAUUUUAAAUGUGUUGUGUCUUGCACGUAUCUUGCAGUAAUUUGUAAACAUUUGAUACUUUGUUAUCAUUGUCGUUAUACUUAAAUAUGUAGGGUAGAAUUUUGUUUCGUCUGGUUUAAAAAAAAAAAAAUUAUGAAA